ACAAUACUUGUUUUACAACGCAGCAGUGACUAUGAACAGGUUAAUUGCUUCGUUUUUAGUUCUUUUUGUGCUGGCAUGUUUCUUGGCAGAAGGCGAGAGUUGGUGGGCAUCGAGGAGAAGACGGAGACGAUACGUUCCUCCGCCUCCACCUCGCAUUAACUGUGCUGUUUCGAGUUGGGGCUCUUGGUCAUCAUGUUCGAGAUCUUGUUAUCCCGGCGGUACAAGGUACAGAACUCGAUAUGUUACACGUUAUCCUAAGAAUGGCGGAAGCGGCUGCCCCGGUCUAACGUGGACAACAGGAUGCAAUUCACAAGCAUGUCCUAAAUAUAAUUGCUACUGGGGUAAAUGGGGCGGGUGGUCUUCAUGCAGCAAGUGCUCAGCUUCAGCCAGGAGUCGUCUCCGAAACGUCACACAAGCUGCUAUGUUCGGAGGAGCUACGUGUCCCGGCCAUGAAUAUAUGACCGCGUCUUGUCCCCAUACAGCUUCAUGCACAACAUCAUGCCCUGCCGGUUUCUUCAAGUGUAGAGAUGGUCUCACUUGUGUGAAAUCCACGUUAAGAUGCAAUGGCGACGAUGACUGUAGCGACAACUCUGAUGAGAUGAAUUGCCCGAAAAUAUUCUCUCCGUGUGGUUCAUCUAAACAUGGCGUCAUCCCGAAUAUCUAUCUCGCUGGAGCAGGAUACGAUAUCACCACUGGAAAGAUGGCAGGUAAAAUAUUGGAUAACCACCAAUAUAACGGAAGGUGUGUGAAAGUUGUAAGCGGAGACCACAAUCAAAUUUACAGGCAACCUGCCAAUAUACAGUACUACAGAUUUCAGGUUUCUGUAGAUUCGACCUUUACGACCAAGGCAUACAGCAGUGCUAAAGAUUACGUUGAAGACCAACGAAAGGCAAUGUCAACAAAAGUUUCAGCCAGCGUCAGUUAUGGAACCGCGUUCUUCUCUGCUUCAGUCAGCUCCAGUUACACUGGUAGUAAAAGCACAAAACAAGUUGUACAACAGGCAAGCAACAACGAUGCACAAUUCUUCACAGUCACGAGCGAAAUCAAACUAGCUCAGUUCAGAACCGUCAGAGGAAACUACAUUCUUUCGCAUAACUUCCGACGCCGUCUUCGUGAUCUACCAUCUCACUACGAUUUCAUGAAAUAUCUUCAAGUGAUAGCUGACUAUGGAACGCAUUUCUAUUCAUCGGGUGUUUUAGGUGGCAAGUACGACUACACAUACAGAUACUCCAAAAAUGAGCUGAGAUCUUCAGGUUUGAGUGAAUCAGAUCAAAAACACUGCCUCUCUCUGGAAGCGUCAGCCAGGUAUAUGGGCGUCAGUGCAUCCGCAUCCACGAGUGGUUGUUCGUCAAACUCGCUGUCGAAAAAACAUGGAAGCAGCUUCACCAAGUCAGCAAGCGAGGUAAUUUCUAAAGUCGUCGGUGGUUCGUCUUCUGCAGCAGCUUCCUUGACCUUUGGAAAAAAUCCGGACAGUUCGAAGUAUGACGCGUGGGUGAAAACUGUCAAGGCGAACCCAACAAUGAUUGACUUUCAGCUCACACCUAUCAGCGCAGUGAUACCUGAUUCCGCAAAGAGACGAAACAUGCAACAAGCCUUGUAUCACUACAUGAGCAAAUACGAUUAUAACACAUGCAAGGGAACAUGCUACAACGGGGCUGGCAAAAUCAUCACCAACGCCGGGAAAACUUGCACUUGCCUUUGCAAAUCUCCAUACACAGGCCAAGAUUGUCACAACCGUUAACUUCACUUAACAUAUAGUAGGUUGGGGAAAGAUGGGACACCUUUAUUACAUAAUAUUUAAAUAUCCUGAUCCUGUUUUUAACAAUUAACAAAGAUCUAUAGAAGCCGUAAAGUUAUGGUUUUAUAAUUCUUUGAAUGUUCUAUGUUUACUACCAAAUGUGACCAGUAAAUAGAACGAAAAUGUGUCCCAUCCUCCCCCACCGUACUAUAUAUAUUCUGAGCACAUAUUAUAACAUAUCUUAAAUCUAAUUAAACUUAUUGCAUGAAACCAAUAACUCAAGUUAUCUUUACUUGUAGACUCGUAGAGUAUAUAAAUCACUUAUUCGCAUUUAUUAAUAAACUUGAAUAAUUUUGCAUA